AUGGUGCAGAUUGGAAAUUGCUCUAUCCCUACCGAUUUCCAGAUUGUGGAAAUGAGAGAGAGUAGCCAUAGACCUCUCAUAUUUGGAACCCCUUUCCUGUCUACUGUGGGUGCCAUAUUUGAUUUCCCCAAUCAAAGAAUCUCUUUCAACAAGGUGAACAAGGGUAUGUUCUUCCCUAUGUGUUCAACAAAGAACUCUUUUGUUGACAUGGUCCAAGAGGAGAAAGCUACUUUGAAGCCACCCCAAGAAGGAGAAACUGAAGAACAAUCAAGGAAGAUCCCAUUCCUAAGCCCAAGCAGCUUGCCAAACAAGCAAGGAGUAAGACUAAGGCCCCUACACCAAAACCGCCCAAGGGAUCAACCAAGAUUGAAGAUGAGGCCAAGCCAAGAAGGAAGGCAGUGUGCCAAGGGACAUUCAUGGAGAGAUUGUCUAUCCAGCUGUGAAUCACCCACCAGAUACUCAUUGCAAGGAGAAAAGACUUGGAGGAUCAAGGAUGCCUCUUGUCUCCAUCUUCUCCUGAGCGCCAAGCCUUACAGUCAAGCUAAAGACUUAAAACAAGCGCUGCAUGGGAGGCAACCCAUGAGGAUAGAAGGAGAAAAAGGUGUGAAAACACAAUCCGCGAAACAUUGGCCGCGGACGCGCAAAAGAUGUUUUGGCCGAGCAAUUUCCAUCGGCCGACCGUCCGGUCGAGCCGGGAAGGAACGGCUCAUGCUCGGCCGGACACUUAUGCGACAAAACCGUCCGCGCAGUACGCACGGACAGAAGGGAAAGGCCGCGCUCGGCCGGAAUUUGUAUCGGAACGGACCGACCGUGCCGGUCGAUCCGGGAAACAAACGUUCGGCCUCGGCCGAUUCUCUCGUCGCGAUUUGGCCGACCAAAUCGCACGACGCGACAAAAUCCAUCGGCCAUCGGCCCAAACUUUUCUCGGCCAAGGUAAGUCCCCUUUUCAUUAAUUCAAACCGGUUUUAA